AUGAAGCGAAUGCAGAGUGUCCAUGAGAAAGCCUUAGCAGCUAAGCAUGCCGAGAUUGAUGACAUGGAAACUGAGCUGAGUUUGCAACUUCAGAAGAUUGAAAAUGAGAAGAAAAUAAUUCAAGAAAGUUUAGAGAAAGCAAAUCAUCAGAUUGUUGACUUCCAGGAUGAAGUUGUGAGACUCAAUGACAACAUUCAUUCAUUGGAACAAUCAAUAUCUGAUGCCGAACGUAAACUUUAUGGUUGA